AUGCCCAGGCCUAGCACCAAGCUAAACCCUGGAUCUGGACCACAACUCUUGAAGAAAUCCACACCCAUGCCCAGGCCUAGCACCAAGCUAAACCCUGGAUCUGGACCACAACUCUUGAAGAAAUCCACACCCAUGCCCAGGCCUAGCACCAAGCUAAACCCUGGAUCUGGACCACAACUCUUGAAGAAAUCCAUACCCAUGCCCAGGCCUAGCACCAAGCUAAACCCUGGAUCUGGACCACAACCGGUGCUAAGGCGUGGAUCAACAACUGGGCAAAGACCUGAACUAAAAGCAGGGAUCAGAUCUGGGCGAAGACCUGGAUCUAAACCGCUUCCGAUACCUGGGCCAGGAGCUGAGCUAAGACAAGGGCUCAGACCUGAUCCAAGACCUGGUCCAAGACCUGGGUUAAGAACUGGGUUAAGACCUGGGUUAAGACCUGGGCUAAGACCUGGGCUAAGAUCUUGGCUAAGACCCAAUCCAAGACCAGGAACUAGACCUGAUCUAACACCAGGGGUUAAACCUGGGCAAAAGCCUGGACCAAGAUCCAAACCUGACCCCAAACCUGGACCUAGACCUGGACCUAGACCCAAACCUGGACCUGGACUUAAACCUGGACCUGGACAAAGACAAAAAACUAAAACCAAACCUGCUCCAAUUUUUCAAAGAAGAGGACCUUUAAAACCACCCCCAAGCACUGUGACCCGAGGCCCACCAGGGCAUCUGGGUGACCAGGCCGUCACCGGCACCUUCGGCUGGCCGGAGGGCACCAGGGACAGCCCUGCCACCACCUGUCACGAGCUGGGUCUAAUCCACCCGCACCUGGAGGACGGGCUCUUCUACAUGGACCCGAACCAGGGCUGUCCUUACGAUGCCCUGCAGGUGCUCUGUAACUUCACAGCAGGAGGGACUACCUGCAUACAGCCUGUCACCUCUCAGAUUGCAGGAAAGUGGGAACCAGAAAAAAAUAAAUCGAAAAGUUCUGUUCAAUGGAUCAGUCAGCUAAAUAGUAGCAACAAGAUUGAGUAUGCUGGUUUAGAUGUCGUGCAGUUGCGGUUUCUACGGUUACACAGCCACUCUGCCUCCCAACGUGUGAGCAUAGGUUGCCAGGACAACCACGCCAUCGCCAACACAACUGGCAGGCUUCACUUUCUUGGAGACACUAAUACAAAGAUUGGUUCGAAGCAUAUCACCGUGACCAGGAAAGGUUGUGAGGUGGAGGUGGAGUUGAAGGUGUGGGGGAGCUCCGAGCUACAUCGGGGGGACAUGGAGCUCCUUCCUGUGAGGGGCCUGGGGGUGGAGGAGAGGGGGGGCCAGCCCAGGGACCCAGAGCCAAUCAUCACCCUGGGCCUCCUCUGCUUCUUAUAGCCUAACCCCUGGGGGAAGGCAGCUGGUCGCUUCUAAGGCAACGUCUUUAUAUAGGAGCUGGCUGCAGAGGGGAUGGUUAAGCAGUCGCUUGAAUCUCCAAUCUCUUCUGGAUCCCUUAUAUCAACUGUCUUUAGUUCAGUCUCGUGUCUUGUGUUUAUAUUUUAGUCAUGUAUUGAUGGAAACUUGCUUCCGAUGUAUUUUGGUUUUCAAAAGGAAAUGGAGAAUAUAAUGAAAUGGAAUUAAGGUAGAACUGUACUUCUGUAGUGUGGUCAUCUAAAGCCUAAAUAAUUUGUGUUGCUGGCAACUCCUCUUACUAUCACUGUCAUUUCAAACAUUUGAUAUAUAUAUAUAUAGGGUUUGAUGAUGUUGAUGUUAAUAGGGGUUGGCUUUACCAAAGGCUGGUAUGGAAGGAAUUUUGCUAGAGGGUCUGUAGAAUAUUGUAGUUGUUGUGUGUGUGGGUGGUUGUGUGUGUGUGUGUGUGUAACAGGGGUAAUGCAACAGCAUGGGGUGUGAUGAGAAUUAACUAUGCGUGAUGAGUUAUUGAUGAUGCUGUAAAUAUGUAUCAUUCAUAAAGAAAAAAAGAUAUAAUAUUGUGGGUGUUUGAGUCUGUGCAUGAAUUGUUUGAGACAUGUUUGUGUGUAUAUACUGAAUUUAAAUGUGUUGAGCUUUUAUAAAGGUUCAUGCCUGCUGAAGAUUACCUGAAAAUAUUGAUAUGUUGGAAUAUGUGGAUAUUGUCUUCAAAUUUUGUACUCUGUUUUACUGUCAAGUCACCCUUUUACUGUAAUUUCAACUGUUUCA